CAGUCAAAUAAAAGAGAGCUCUUUGGGAAAGAGAGAGAGAGAGGCAGAGUAGUAGAAGCUCAAUCAGCUUAGCAGAAGAUCGUCGUCACUUUUUCUUUGUAACUCUGGCGACAUUUCCGUAAUCUCCAUUACCGAAGAGAAUAGCUCAGGAGGAGCUGAAUCUGUUUGGAUUUUAUCUUUGUAUUUUCAGAGCUGUCUCUUUCUUGCCCUCUUUUGAUCUGUUCUUUUGCUUUAUCCCUUGUGUACCCAUGUUCUGCAACAGUUGAACCAUGCAUGCCCUUAUGUUCUUCUCCCUUCCCAAUCUUGCAUUCAUCAUAUUCUGGGAUCUUGGUUCCUCGUAAAUUCGAAAAUAAAAAGAAAGGAAACGGCUCGAAAGAUCUCCUGUUUCUACUUCCUGAGAAAAACUCCGUUUCUUUCAGACGGCACGCACCUCUCUUGAUAGCUAAAGAAAGCUCGAGAUCUGUGUUUCUUGACCUGUGGGCUUUGGUGGGUGUCUGGUGAAAACAAAAAAAGGCUAUUUUUUUACGGAACAAAAUCGGCGAGAACGUUCUGGAAGAAUAUGAAGGAGUUGAAACAGGUGUUUUCAGGGUGAGGACGGGGAGGAAGACGAUUGAGAGCUUAUGAGGCUGAAAGCGGGUUAGUUCUGCAGCACAACAUCCGGAUUUGGUUGUUGGGUUUUUUUCACCUCUCUAGGAGAAAUCUGGUUUUAGGGUUUUCGAUUCCCGAAAGGUCUGGUUGGUGAAAGCGAGGGGAGGUGGGGGGGAGGAGCGUAAAAGCUUAAAGUUAUGCUUUUGGUGCUUGUUGGUGAUACUUGUUUUGGGGAUCUUGAAAUUUUGGAUCUUUGAAGAACAGAAGUUGGCAUAAUUUCUGUUUCGGGCAAAAUGAGGUUGUCUUCUGCUGGAUUCAAUCCUCAGGCUCAUGAAGGAGAGAGAAGGGUUCUUAAUUCUGAACUGUGGCAUGCUUGUGCGGGUCCUCUUGUAUCAUUGCCUCCUGUCGGAAGCCGAGUUGUUUAUUUUCCUCAGGGACACAGCGAACAGGUUGCAGCUUCGACGAACAAAGAAGUAGAUACCCAUAUACCGAACUAUCCGAGCUUGCAACCACAACUCAUCUGUCAGCUUCACAAUGUCACCAUGCAUGCAGAUGUGGAGACUGAUGAAGUCUAUGCGCAGAUGACUUUGCAACCGUUAAACCCCCAAGAGCAGAAGGAUCCUUACCUUCCAGCGGAAUUAGGUGUCCCGAGUAGACAGCCGACGAAUUAUUUCUGUAAAACUUUGACUGCAAGUGAUACAAGUACUCAUGGAGGGUUUUCUGUUCCUCGCCGAGCUGCCGAGAAAGUGUUUCCUCCACUGGACUACACACAACAGCCUCCAGCUCAGGAGUUGAUCGCGAGGGAUCUGCAUGAUAACGAAUGGAAAUUCAGACAUAUUUUUCGAGGCCAGCCCAAGAGGCAUCUUCUUACCACUGGAUGGAGCGUCUUUGUGAGUGCUAAAAGGCUAGUUGCCGGUGACUCGGUGCUUUUCAUCUGGAACGAUAAGAAUCAGCUACUUCUCGGUAUAAGGCGUGCCAAUCGGCCACAGACUGUUAUGCCUUCAUCGGUUUUAUCGAGUGAUAGUAUGCAUUUAGGCCUUCUUGCUGCCGCAGCCCAUGCUGCUGCUACAAACAGCCGCUUCACCAUCUUCUAUAACCCAAGGGCAAGUCCUUCUGAGUUUGUGAUACCUCUGGCCAAGUAUGUUAAGGCAGUUUACCACACUCGGGUUUCUGUUGGUUUGCGCUUUAGGAUGUUGUUUGAAACUGAAGAAUCAAGUGUCCGUCGGUACAUGGGCACAAUAACUGGGAUAAGUGACAUGGAUCCUGUUCGUUGGCCUAAUUCGCACUGGCGAUCCGUCAAGGUUGGCUGGGAUGAAUCUACAGCAGGCGAGAGACAACCGAGGGUUUCUUUGUGGGAGAUCGAGCCUUUAACGACAUUCCCGAUGUACCCUUCUCCGUUCCCUCUUAGGCUUAAACGUCCAUGGCCGUCUGGUCUUCCAUCUUUCCACGGUAGUCUGAAAGAAGAUGAUUUGGGUAUGAGCUCGCCGAUUAUGUGGGACCGCGGGCUCCAAUCCCUGAACUUUCAGGGAGUUGGAGUAACCCCAUGGAUGCAGCCGAGGCUCGAUCCUUCGGGAUUGCUCGGGAUGCAAAACGAUGUUUACCAAGCAAUGGCUGCCGCUGCACUUCAAGACAUGAGAGGCAUCGAUCCUUCCAAACCCGUGCCAUCGCUUCUCCAGUUCCAACAGCCCUCGGGUUUUUCGACGAGACCCGUCUCUUUAAUGCAGCCUCAGAUGCUGUUGCAGCAACUGUCUCACCAGACAUUUCUCGGCAUCCCGGAAAACCAGCAAUCUCAGUCUCAGACACAACAGACUCAGGCCAGCAAUCUCCUCCCUCAGCAGCAACAGCAACAAGUUGCAGAUAAUCAUAGUCCCAUGUCUCAAUUUGCUUCUGCUUCUCAGUCCAUCACGUCGCCACUGCAGUCACUUAUGCCGUUAUGCCAUCAGCAAAGCUUCUCGGACUCAAAUGGGAAUAACCCGAUGACAAGUUCCGUGGUUUCUCCGCUCCAUAGUCUUUUGGGUAACUUCCCGCAGGACGAAUCCUCUCAACUGCUCAACCUCACAAGGACAAACUCGGCCAUGAAUUCUUCUGGUUGGCCAUCGAAGCGUGCUGCAGUUGAUUCGUCUUUCCAGCCCUCUGGAGCCGGUAAUAAUACUCAGUGUGUGAUGGAGCAGUUGGGACAACAAUCACACGCAAGCAAUGUUUCGCCAAGUUCUGUCUCGUUGCCUCCCUUCCCCGGUAGGGAGUGUUCCAUCGAGCAAGAAGGGAACACCGACCCGCAUAGCCAUCUCCUGUUUGGGGUCAAUAUAGACUCGUCACCUCUUCUAAUGCCGAGCGGGAUGUCAAACCUUAGAGGCAUCGGCCUCGAGAACGACAACACAAUCUUACCCUUCAACACAUCUUCAAAUUUCACAAACACCGUAGGCAUCAACGAUUUCUCAUCUAAUCUGGCAAUGACACCGUCCAACUGUAUAGAUGAAUCGGGUUUUCUGCAGUCUUCGGAGAACCCAGGAUCCGAUAACCCGCAAUCCACAACCUUUGUUAAGGUGUACAAGUCGGGGUCCUUUGGAAGAUCGCUGGAUAUAUCGAAAUUCAGCAGCUACCAUGAGCUACGAAGCGAGCUAGCUCACAUGUUCGGCCUGGAAGGCCAACUGGAGGACCCUCUGAGAUCAGGCUGGCAGCUUGUAUUCGUUGACCGGGAGAACGAUGUCCUUCUCCUCGGUGAUGACCCUUGGCCGGAGUUCGUGAACAGUGUCUGGUGCAUCAAGAUACUGUCGCCGCAGGAAGUGCAGGAGAUGGGGAAACAAGGGCUGGAGCUUCUGAACUCGGGGCAGUCCGUUCAGAAGCUGGCGGCUAACGGCGGCGGCGGAUGCGAGGACUUCAGGAACAGGCAGGACCCGAGAAGUCUCGGAAACAGUAUCGCCUCGGUGGGCGGCUCGUUCGAGUACUGAAAAAUCUACGGAUUUGGAAAUGGUUCUUCAACACCGGUUGGUUUCCUUUCUCUUGUGUACUCUACUUAGUGGGAAAUUAGGGUUUAGCCUUCAACCCCUCCUUUUGUUUAUCUACAAAAAGGAGGAGCCUUUCCCUCUGGAAAGAAUUGAACUUUAAUUACUAGCUCUCUCUCUGUCUUCUAUAAGCUCUCUCAAUACUGUAAUUAUAAGAUCUUUUGGCGCCCUAUAUGAACAUUUUUUUCACUUGGUAGUAUAUUUGCAUGAUGA